AUGACCACUCUCGGUCCCAACCCUCCCCAUGGCCCCGACAUGGGAGGCCACCCCGAGUCCGAGGACAUGCACCCUCACGAGAAGGACGCCUUCGACAAGCUGCUCCGUCCCGACGACAGCUACACUCCGGAGGGCGUCUACUGGGCCGAUCUGCCCAUCGGAAAGCGAGUUGGCUUUGUCUCCAAGAUCGACCGUGAGGAGGCUGCUCGCGAGCUGCGCACCAUCGGCCGCAUGAUCAAGGAGGAUCCUCUGUCGCCCGUCAGCUUCUACUUCAAGAACAUGGUUCUACCCGGUGCCGGUUUGCUUUUGGAGGGUUAUGUCCUGUUCUCCAUCGGUAAUGUCACCCCGCUGCUCCAGGCCGCCUUCCCCGACUGCUGGAAGCACCACACCACUUGCAACAUCAACUGGAUCAACUCGAUCAACUAUCUCGAAGUUGCUGGUAUCAUCGUUGGUCAGAUUCUCGUCGGUUACUUGGGUGACAUGAUCGGUCGUCGCUGGGGUUUGAUCCAGGAUGCCGCCAUCAUGUUUGUCGGUCUGCUGAUGCUGACUGCUGCUUGGGGUCUCACCGAGAACGGCUGGAUUAUCUGCUACGCCUGGUCUCUCUUCUUCUACAGUAUCGGUGUCGGUGGUGAAUACCCCAUGACUGCCACAUCCGGUAUGGAGAACGCUGUUGGGUCUGGUCGUGUUUCGACCCGCGACGAUCGCCUUCACCGUGGCCGCAAGGUCACCAGCGCUUUCCUCAUGCAGGGUUGGGGUCAGUUCCUCAACCAGGUCAUCCUCAUCCUGCUCCUCCUUAUCUUCCACUCCGGUUCCAGCCAGCCCCCAUACUCGCCUCUCUCCGCCCAGUGGACCUACCGUGUCUCGUUCGCUAUUCCUGCUGUCGGUACUCUCUGGCUCACCUACUACCGUGCCUACCACAUGAAGGGCGCCUCCAACCAGCUCCAGGCCAUCAAGAAGAAGGCCUCGGUUACUGGCUACGAUGUCGAGUCUCUGCGCAUGACCUUCAAGCACUUUGGUUUCCGUCUCUUUGCUACUUCGGCUGGCUGGUUCGCCAAUGAUGUGUUCUUCUACGGAAACAAGCUGUUCCAAUCUCAGUUCAUUGCCGUCAUCCUGCCCAACGAGAAGUCGGUUAUGCCCAACUGGCUUUACAGUUUGCUCAACAUUGGUGUCUCCCUGUUCGGAUACUAUGCUGCCUCGUUCUUAAUUGAUAACAAGCUGUACGGCCGUAAGUGGAUGCAGCAGGUGGGUUUCCUCAUGUGCUUCAUCUUCUUCAUCAUUCCGGGCUUCAAGUACAAGUACUACACCUCGUCCGAAAACAUCCACUCUUUCCAGGCCAUGUAUUUCCUGUCUUCUUUCUUCAACCAGUUCGGCCCCAACUGUGUCACCUUCGUUGUCGCCGCCGAAUGCUACCCGGCUUCUAUCCGUGCCAGUGCUCACGGUAUGUCUGCUGCCUGGGGCAAACUGGGUGCUUUGGUCACCGCUAUCAUGGGCUCGUACACCACCGUCCAGCAGCGUUUCUACAUUGUCCCAUGGUUCGGUCUUGCCGGCAUGGUGGUCACAUUCUUUUUCCUUCCUGACACCACCGGUCUCGACCUGAAGGAGCAGGAGCGCCGUUGGUGGUACAUCCGCCAGGGCCGUGAGAACGAUUACCAUGGUGUCGCCAUCCACCCUCAGCACUUGUCUUUGUGGGAACGCUUCCGCGGUGUUAGCAAGAACUACGACGCCGACCUCGACUACAAGCAAAAGCUGGAGGACUACCGUGUCGAGUGGGAGGCCGGCAUCUCCCGCAAGCUCUCUAACGAGGACGGCGAGCUUGAUGUCGACACUGAGGAGCACCUCUUUGAAGGCCACGUCCACACCUACUUUGAGCGUACCAGCCCAAUGUUCCGUGGCAACGAAAAGACCGUCCAAAAGUUCUCUGCUCUGCCUCCUGCCGCCAACUCGAUUGAAAGUGAUACUACCGAGGCUGUGACUGAGAAGUAG